CGUGCGUGAGAUCGAUCGCGAGAUAAGGCUGUCAGGAUUUUUAGCCAUUUCUUAAAGACGCAGAGCUUACUAAUCAGACUAACCAGACUCGACAGGGUGUCGACAAUUACCAGCAGCUUUUCAGCCGCUCUGGGAUCGAAUUGAGUCUCAGCUUCCGCUAGUAAAUUAUUUAUCGCGUGCUCUACAGCUGUGUCUCGCUUCUCACGUAGUCUGUUGUGUGCAGAAGUCAAGGCUGUGGUCGCUGGAUGCAUGUUCGUACUUUAAAAAAAGGCCAAUUUAUAAUUUUAUUUUGAAGUUGAGGCGACGAAGCAAGGGAAUUUUCGAGUUCACAGACAGCAGGAUGGCAAUGCAAGAUCCACCAUUUCAGAAAGGGACAGCCAACAUGCAUUCCUCAAAAAUAGAAAUACAUGUUUCUUGCAGGAAUGUAAAGGACAUGUCUAAAACUGGACUUAUGUGUGUCUUUUCUGUGUCUGAUAUCAAAACUCAUCAGUGGAAAGAGGCUGGUCGGACUGAAAUAAUCAGAAACACGUUGGAUCCAGAUUUUCAGAAGAAGUUCGUCAUAGAUUUUUAUUUUGAGGAGCGACAAUUACUUAUGUUUACAUUAUAUGAUGUGGACAGUUCUAACCAACAGCUGCAAGAACAGGCCUUGCUUGGCAGGUACAAAUGCUCUGUUGGUCAGCUUGUCAGUUCCCCAGAAUCAAUGAUGGAAAAGCCACUUGAAGGCCGUGCUCAAGGAAAUAUAAUUGUACGAUUCAAGGAGGUCAAUGCAUCAAAGGAUGAGGUCACAUUACAGUUCAAGGCCUCUAACUUAGAUAAAAAAGAUUUUUUUGGCAAGUCAGACCCCUUUCUUCGCCUUCAUCGGGUUAAUGAUGAUCAGAGUUGCACUGCGGUUCAAAAGACAGAGGUGAUUAAGAACAACCUCAACCCAACCUGGAGACCCGUCACCAUCUCUGUACAAACUUUGUGUAAUGGAGAUUAUAAUAGGUCCAUACAAAUUGAGUGUUAUGACUGGGAUAGUGAUGGCAGUCAUGACUUUAUUGGAGCAUUUUCCACAACUCUGAACGAACUUUCAAGAGGAGCAGUGGAGGCUAACAUAUUUCCGGUCAUUAACCCUAAAAAGCAGGCCAAGAAGAAGAAUUACAAAGAUUCUGGACAGAUACAAGUCCUGAGAUGUACAAUUCAGCAGCAUCAGUCAUUCUUGGAUUACAUUAAAGGAGGUUUGCAGAUGCAGUUCAUGGUGGCAAUCGACUUCACAGCAUCCAAUGGUAACCCAACCCAUCCAAGUUCCUUGCACUACAUUCAUCCCCAGCAGCCAAACCAAUAUGUAGCUGCCAUCAAAGCUAUUGGUGAAAUCAUACAGGACUAUAAUAGCAAGAAGAUGUUCCCUGUCUUGGGGUUUGGAGCAAAGCUACCAGAUGGUCAGGUUUCGCAUGAUUUUGCUGUGAAUUUCAACCCUCAGAACCCCUGUGUUCAAGGUGUAGAUGGAAUAUUGCAAGCAUAUCAGGCGGCUUUGUCACGAAUUCAGCUACACAGUCCAACGAAUUUCUCUCCUGUAAUUAACCUUCUUUCCAGAUAUGCUUCUGAAGCUCGUGAUGGAUCCACCUAUUUCACUCUCCUCAUCAUUACAGAUGGAGAAAUCACAGAUAUGCAGCAGACCAAAAAUGCUAUUGUCAUGGCAUCCAGUUUGCCAAUGUCAAUUAUAAUUGUUGGUGUUGGAAAUGCAGAGUUUGAUGCAAUGGAGAUUCUUGACAGUGACAAUUGCUUGUUGACUGACAGUAAUGGCCGUGGAGCUGAGAGAGAUAUUGUACAGUUUGUUCCUUUCCGCGAUUUUCUGGGAGGUCGCUUUGGCAACAAUAUCGAGUCCUCAAAGGCAGCACUGGCUAAGGAGGUUUUGGCUAAAAUUCCAGAUCAAGUGUUGGAAUACAUGCGGAAGUAUGACAUUCGUGCCAAAGUCCCUGCCACAGCUGCACCAUAAUACUUGGCCAAAGUCUGGAAAUAGCACAUUGAAAGGGUAACUAAUCAAAACUUACUGACAAUGUUAAGACUGGCAUCUUAUUAUGAUGACUAGAAUAUUCAAGGACAAAAACCAUAAAUCUUGUCAUGCAUGCUGUUUUCACUGCCACUUCUAGAGCCAUAAGUGACUUUAGCUUUUAUUGCUGCAGACAACACAAUGGUUUGUUACAAGUACCAUGCAUAUUUUGAGAUGUUUGAUGCCAAGCACAGCAUGCCAAGAUGUGUAGAAAUGUUAGAGUGGGUUUGCCUUUUUAUAUCUGUCCAAGCUUAAAGGCCUUAGAGUGUGCACAUUUUCCAAAGGACUGGGUAUUGUUCCCAAAAUUUUUGUAAGUAAAUAGCUUCCAUUCUUGAGGUUUAAGCCUAUAUAACCCUGUAUAGAAAGAGGUUAACAACCUUGACAUCGAAAGUGUACCAAACCUUGGUUACACAGAGCUACAGCCGAUAGAAUGGCUGGAACCGUAGACAUGAAAUGGAUAGCAGGCAGACUGCCAAGACCAUUUUUUAGCUUUUCCAGAUAAGCUCUCAGGUCUCAGUGAGCCUUUGUGAAAGUCAGCUCCCAGAACCACAGCAACUCAUGAAUGAACCACACUAAGAUUCUUAAUGUCAGCAGUAUUUUUACCAUGUUUCUUGCUUAGUUUUAUGUAUUAUGGGGUUCUUUUCUCUUUGGCAAAUUCAUUGACCGCCACUCCCCACUGGCUUAAAGAUAAUAAAAUGAAAAUUUUGAAAAUUUAUAUUCCAGCUAGUCUUUAUUUUUGCAGGAACCAUUUGUUAAUUAGGCAUGUCAUUGUCACAUAUCACUGUUUCAAGCCCCUGCUUGUAUCUCCUGAUCAAAAGGAACAUGUUUUCUUUGGGGAUUUGGGGGAAAUUGUGGGUACUGAGCACAGCCCAGUUAAUGGAAGAAAAUUGUUUACUAACCUUUAAAAAUUAGAAUGACAGUAGAAAUGUGUCAAUAUUUGCUUCAGUCACCAUUUGUACAGGUGAUUAUUGGUGCAUGCUAAUGGAAACAUUAAUGUGAUUCUGUGGAAAAAAUUACUUGCCUAUUAAUCUAAAUGGGUUAUCAUGAUUCUUGUGCCCAGCAUUUCCCAUUAUUGUAAGGAAAACUGAGCCAGAUUUAUCCUUGAUACCAAGUGACAGUUGAGACAGAAUUGUUCUUGGUAAACUAAAGAUAAUAAAGCCUUGUGUCCCUGGUUACAGAUAAAGUGCAUAUUCCAAUCAGCCUUACUAACAGUUCAAGUUUGUUGAUGCACAUUAUUCCUGUAAACUUUUUUGCCCGUAGCUUUUUGGUAGCCCGUAGAAAUGAACAUCCCUGCAAACAUUUAACUUACAAAUUUUAUGGAUCAUUUUUCAUGAAAAGUUGUUUGUACACAAGAAGAGAUUAUUUCUCUUAAAGCCUUUGUUGUGUGCUCUUUUACUCUUUUAUUUUAUGGUAGCAGAUUUUUCAUUAUUUCUCUUGUGGUGACACAUAUUUGCUUUUAUCUUUUUAGAUGUAAGAGUUUUUUGGAAGUAAUGUGCAAUGAAGGUUCAUUAGGACCUGUUAUUUUGUGGCAUUUGAAUAGUCUUUUUCAUGCUAGAAUUCAAUUUUGUGGAUUGUGCAUGAGGACUGACACUUUCCGUGCAGAAGCUUGGAGGGCACAUUGCCAUAUUUUGCUCAGGCUGCUUUAUACUUGGAAGCAGGGCCUCUCAGACUUGGUGCCAACUGCUUCUAUAUUUGUAUUUUUUAAAUUGCGGGUUCCACAUUUGUGGGUAGAUGAAUUUGCAUGACCAGAGCCUCUUUGUUUGAAGAGCCUCAAAGAAGAAUGCUGCUUAUUUGAAGGAGACAACUACUUUUUGCAGACAGUAUUGGCAAUGGUCUUACAUUGUUGUGAGCUAUGAUGCUUAUUGUUAUGUAAUGGUGUGCAUUUUAAAAAUGAAGCUGUAUUUUAAAAGUGGUUCAGCAUUUUGACUUUAUGUGUUUUAUUAUGACACUAUUUCAAUACCAAAGAUCCAUUUUUUAAAUCAAAAUGCAUUUCAUCACCAGACUUUAAUUUUAUCUUAACAAGCACUCUGACAUUAUAUUGGAAGUUUGAGUCACAGAAAAUUUUGUACAUGUUUUAUCAUGUUGAGAUCCUGAAAAUUGCCAGUUUGAUGAAAAAUAUUGAUCUUAUUUAUCAUUCUGAUGAUUUGUCAGGAAACUUUUUAAGGGUAAUGGUGAUCAAACUAGCUAUUUUCAGGAAUAUGAACUUGUGUAGACAAGUUGCUAACAAGAUGGUAUUUUGUAAAUUAUGUUUCCUUCUUGAAAGGCAGUUUCAGAUAUCUGCUUUAGAGUUUUACAGACUAAUGUCUUCUAAUGCCUUUAUUUUGCAUUUAAAAAAAACUUUCUACAGCCAUCAUUGCAGCGGAUUUGUCCAGUUUGAAAGUUAUAAUGUUGCCAUGGAAGAUAAAACCAACAUUAAACAGACAAUCUUAAAACUUUUGAAAAUACAAUGCAGAAAUAUUACAAACUUUUCACAAUAUUUUUAAUCUCUUUAAAUUAUAAAAUGUUGAUAUAUUUCUAUGAUAUCUUUUCAUUUUUAUGUAUUCUGGAUAAAAUAGAACAUGCCUUCUGAACACCAUCUUUACUUUCGUGCCCAUGUUCAUUCAUUGUCAACACUACUAAGAGAUGUGAAACUUUUUUUUGAAAGAGAACAAGAUCAUUCUUGUCAUUCUGAUAUAAGGAUACAACACUGUUUUGCAGAGGAAGCCUCCAUGGAUGGUGACAUCAUCUUUUAAAAGAAGUAACCUCUCAUUUUUUAGGCUUUUUUAUUUUUACAGCAAAACUUAUGUCCUUGCCUGUGAAAUGCUUUACACAUGGAAGGAGGAGAGGGGCAUGACAUUAAUCCUUCCUGUCGCCCUGUUCUUAAUACAUAGCUUAUCUCAGCCUAUCCUGUUUAGCCCUCGAAGUCUCAAGAUAACAUCACAACAGAGCAGGCAUACCUUCCAAAGAAACUCCCACUGCUGUAGAAAGACAAGUGAAGAAAACUUGUUAAAGGCAGAAACAUUGUAAAUUCAAUUCCUAAGUGUUUUUGCUGAUAAUAGCUGGAUUUUUUUUUCUUUACAAUUUUAGAGCACUCCAACAUUUACUUCCUGUUGUGGCAUUUGCCUGUGAUUGUAAUUUUUACCUCCUAUUGUAAAAUAUUCUAGCAUUUGCUUACGGGUGUUAAUUUUUCGACCUCAGCAUCUGCUGGUUUUUUACUUCCAGUUAUAUUGGGUCAGUUGCUGAAUUUUGUUUCUUCUCAAUUCAUUCCACAUAAACAUUGUUUUGAGGUUUUUCCCAGCUGUUUUUGUUUAGCCCUUAUGUUGUGGCAUUUGCUUGUUAUUGUAAUUUUUACCUCUUGUUGUGGAAUACUUUAACAUUUUCUUACAGGUAUAAAUGUUCAACCUCAGGAUUUGCUGGUAUUUACUUCUAGCUUUAUUUGUUCAGUUGCUAAUUUUUCUUCCUCUCAAUUGAUUGCAUGUAAAUUUAAGAUUAUUUGGGGUUUUUUCCCCAGCUGUUUUUGUUUAAUCCUCAAAUUCUAGGACUAUCUGAAUCUAUCUGUAUUUUGUUUUAUCCUCAGAAUGCAAGUGGUUUUUUUAAAAAUCUACUUGUUAAUAUUAGAACGCAACUGAAUUUACUUUUACACAUAUUUGUUCAGUUAAAUAUUGUUUUUGUCUUUAUGGCUAAACUGGUCAUGUUUUAGCUGUAUUUAUUUAUGAUGCACUUGCAGCUGAAUGUAAUAGCCAGGCAAGUCUAUGUUUUGCAAACCGUAAAGGGUUUAAUGUGUAUUUUACCUUUCCAUUUCCAAGAUUUUUUUCAUUUGUAAGUUGGCAGGGUAGGAGUGGUGUGAAUGUAAGGUUUGAAAAUGAGUCUGAAACUGCCAUUCUUAAGUGGCAAGUAGUCAUUUCAAAUCUAACUUAAUGAAGUGACUGGUGACUUAAGGUUUAUUGUAAGAGCUCACAUGUAUAUCAGCCAACAGUGAUUUUGCGAAGUUAAGCUGAAAAAAAAAUGGGCUUAAUUUCAACUCCAACUUAACAAACGAACAUCAGCCCUUAUGGGAAAGUUGUUAUUUACCCUAUAUUUAUAAAGGGGGAAUUGUUGCUUUGUUUGCAUUGUUUUUUAAUAAAAGAUCUCAAGCUUGCAGAAGUCUGUAGCAUAUAAAAUAGAUGUACUUUACAUAAUCCUGUAUUUUAUAAUAUCUGUAGGCAAAUGCUUAUUAAAUUUGUUCCCUUUUAUAUAGCCUGCUUCAGUUGGGUGACUGGAAAAGGGAUAAGAAUCAAUAGAUGCCGUUUUACCUCAGAAGACACUGUUAUAUUAUUGUAAGUUGUACCCUGUAGUGGUAGUGGAUAUUGGAAUGGAAUUAUAACUGCCUAGUGACUGCUUUGAAAAGGCAACCCAUUUUUGCCACUAUUCCAUUGGUUGAUACCAGUUUUAUCAAUAGACAAAUAAUGUAAGCAAUAUAGUUGAAUGAGCAUAUUGAAAUAGUCAUCUUGUGAUGAAUUUCAUUAUGGGUUGCUGGCCAUUUAGUAAAGUCAGCUGCUGAUGUUAUACAGUGAUACUGUUCUUAAAUUUGUUUGAACGAUUGUUACAUACGCACAUUUUUUUUAACCUUUACAUUUUUCAUAGUUAUCUGCAGUCCAGUCACAGUUACAAAAAAAUGAAUAUUUCUAAUUUGCCCAGUUUGACUUGUUAUAGCCCUGCAGGAAAUUAUAUCAUAGUACAACAUUCCACUACAUUUUUGCUAUAAUUCAUUACUCACAUAUCAAAAAUGAAUAUAUGCCACAGCUUUAUAUAAUUAUUAAUUCUGUUUAUGCUAUCAUGAGGAAGAAACUAUCAUUAUUGACACUUUUACACAGAGAUGUAUCCUUUCUGUUCUCAGAUUUUGUCCAGUUUGCUCAUGAUCUAUCAUAGCUAAGAAUAUUGUUUCUGCGACCACCACAAAUGCUUUUUAGUUGGUGAUACAGCGCAUUGCUAGCAAAAGACACAUUGAUUGUAUGAUUCUCUGCACCAUUCAUGUCAAAGGUGCUGCAUUGCCUCUGAUAUUUUUGGUUAUUAUUAGAAAGUUACCAUACUGAUGACAUUUUUUUAGUAACACAUUCAUGAUGUGGACAUGCACCUAUUGUCAGCUGUUCAACUGUCAACAGUCUAGCUAGUUUGAUGUAGUUAAUGUCAAGUUACAGAACCAUUUAUGAAACAAAUGCUCAGUGGUCAGUGUGUUCUUGCCAUAAUAGUAUAAUUUGUAAACAGUAUUACAAAACUGAGCCGCAACAGGAGCAGCAUAACAUUCCUUGACCAAGAAUUACAGGUUUGUUAAAGACAUUAACCUCAUGCAAGAAGAGUUGUCUUCUACUUUGCUGUGUUUGACUAGUAUCUCAUAUGCUGCUCCCAUUCUGCAUAAUGGUCAGUUUACGUCAGUAUUUGUACUCAAAUGCAUAAAUUAUACAUAUUUUUCCUGUGCCAAGCUGCUUCUCAUCCAUAGAAGAGUGAUCUCAUGGUAUUUUUUCACAAUCUCUUGCCACCUGUUCUUAGGGUAAAAAUUAUUUUUCUGAAAAAUAUUGGUUGCCAAAAAUAUGAUGACACAAUGUUACCUUAAUUAGGGCUAAUCUGUGUUUUUGUGAAACUGCUUUCACCACACCAUCAGGACACUUUAUGAGACAUUUCAUUAAUAGUUGACUAAUGUUUAGAUUUACAAAUUUUUUUCUGUAAAACAAUUGUAGUUUUUAUUUGCAUUUGUGAGAAAGAGCUCACAAAAUUAUCAGAGGACACGUACAGAAAACAGAAUGGAUGUUGGUGGAAAUAAUUUUACUUAAAAGGAUGAUGUAACUGUUUUCAGUUUGUCAGUAAUAUUUUCAGAAGGCAUUGAGAAGCUGUGUUGUUACUUAUAUACAUUUCUAGUGAUUUACUACAUUUUUAUUUAUUUGUGAAAAUACUAUUUUGCUUAUGUGAUAAAAAGGUUUUACCCAGGGAACAAAAUACCAAUCUAUUUAUAGGAUUUAUUAGGGGUUACUGGGACAGUAACUAUUUUAAGUCCCAUGCCUAUACAAUUUUGUGCUUAUGAUUAUCACUGAAAUUCGAAGUAUUGUCUUCUUUGUUUAUAAAAUGUGAGAAUUUCACAUCCUGACACAUCACUUAUUCUAUAUAAGCAUUCAUAAAUACAAGAUUGAUGUUUACCUUUAAUACAUAAAUAUGCUCAGUAUUUUGUGUGUUUAUCUCACAUAACUAUCAUUUAUGGGGCAAAUAAUUACAGCAAACUAAUGUGAAUCAUUCACACACAAUUAAAUUAUUUUAAUCUAAAAAUGAAAUGAAAUGAAAACAUAAUUUAUAUUUACUCCCAGCUUUCCCAUUGGAUGUGCUGUGGAAUUCCACCAGUACUUAAACAUACACACAUGCAUACAUCAAUGCUUAUAAAUGUGAAGCACUUUUUCUACACUCAUUCCAGUUAUUAAACCUCCAGUUUGCUACAUUAUUACAUAUGACUUUACAACUUUUCUGGAGUUGUCAUUAUCCAUAAAAAUUAUGUAGAUUAAAAUGUCUUGUUUUCAUGCAUUCAGCUUUUUUUAUCAUGGAUCUUUUAUUAUGUGUAUAUAUAUACAGUAAUAUAUCCAUGAAAAUUGUUACUCAUAAUACACAUUUUCCUAUAAAAUCGUGCUUCUCACAUUUUCCCUCUCUUCAUAUUUAUAACUCAUUGUUCUUUUACUCAGUCUCUUAUGCAUACUAAUAAUUAUUUGUUGUAUGUUUUUUCUCACUGUCAAUUUAAUUGUACUGAAUGCUGUUACAUCACUAAUUAACAUGUGUGUUCAACUAUUAAACACUGUUCAAAAUA